GUCAUCGCCGAUCAUGGCCACUAACACUAAGCCCAGUCAAAGACCCCCCAACGGCACGGAGAUGCCCGAGCCCACUGCAGAUGGAGAGCCAUCGCCUGCCGCGGUCAUUGAGCCAUCGCCAUCAGGAGCGUCAGGGCUGAAGAUCGCCCCGGAGCCUGAGCCCCAAGAGUCUGACCAGGUGCAAGAGCCGACAGCACAAGCGACGGUGGAUACAGCUGUGGAGAUCGUGGAGGCAAUGGAAAGCCCUGCCCGUGCCACCACCGCUGGGGGUGAGCGCAAACUGGACCUGGGAGAUUUAACAGACUUGCACUCAGAGAUACCCGUCCUUCAGUCUUCACUUGAACUUUUAACCUGGGAAAAUAUACCACCCAACCUCCCUCUCCCGCCUCCUCUCAUUGGCCUGUUCCCUUCCUCAACGCCCUCUUCGCUGGAUCCCGUCAGACCCUCUGCUCACCCUCAGCUCACCAUCUGUGGCGUGGGCUCGCCGCUGGUCUGCCCAUCUCCAGCUCCAUUGGCGUCGAGUCUGGAGGAUCCGUCGACUCCGCCUUCAGCCUCCGAGGCCCACACCUGCAACCCAGCGGCUCCACCAUGGCUUCCAGCUCCCUCGUCUCCACUGGAGCCCGUCAGUCCACCAACUCCACCAGGCUCCCUCGUCCCUCCGGCUCCGCCUUGGUCAGUUGUCCCCCUACCUCCACCUCUGGACUGCACUCCUCCGGCUUUGCCUCGUCCCUCCGGCUCCAUUGGGCUCCUCCCUCCCUCCAGCUCCACCUCAGUCCUCUGUCUCCGCCUACACCUCGGUCACCGAAGCCUCCGGCUCUGCCUUGGCCCUCCGAAUCCUCGGCUUCACCCUGGCUCUUCGGCUCUCUGUCGCUGCCUCGGGCUCCGCCGCCGUCGAUCGGUCCCCUGGAGCCGUCAGCCCUUCCUCUCCUGCUCCAGGUCCCGCCUGUCUCCUCCCUCCGUCUGAUCCUCCCUGGCAUCUCCCUCCAUCUGAUCCUCCCUGGCUCUUUUCUCCAUCUCCACCUUGGACUCUGGCGAAAUGUCACAGUUAUGGACUGUUUGUUGUGUU